UCACUGCAGCCGUCGCUACUUCUUAGUUGUUUUCAAUGGCUAAAACAGCUUCUGUAGUAUUGACCCAAAACCUUUCUGAUACCAAAAGGACCACCUCCUUUAAUCAUUCAACUAAUGAUGAUGAAAUCCCCACCAUCGAUUACAGCAUGCUGAUCUGCUCUAACGAUCCUGAUCAACGACUCAAAGCCCUCCAAUACCUUGCCUAUGUCUGCGAGGAGUACGGCUUUUUCUAUCUGGUAAAUCAUGGGGUGCCUGAUUGCGUAAUUGAGAGAGCGCUGAAUGGGAUUUCUGAUUUCUUUGAUCUGACGGAGGAGGAAAAGAUGGAUUAUGAGAAGAAGAGUUCAACGGAUAGGAUCAGAUGGGGGCUAGGGUUCUCACCCGGGGACCAUGAAGCUGUCAAGAGGGAGUAUCUUAAGGUACUCCCACAUCCAAAGUUUGAAGGCCCUGCUAAACCAGCUGGUUUCAGGAUAUUCUCACCAAGGAGAUCAUUGGGCGUGGUACUAAAAGAGGGGGGCUGUACUAUGUGGAUGACUUCAGUAUGGGACGUGCCAAUAGUGUGAAGCAUCCGUCUGAUGACAAGCACUGACAAAUUUGGCUCUGGCACCGACAUUUGGGGCAUCCAUCUUUUGGUUAUAUGAGACACUUAUUGCCCGAGUUAUUUUCUGUAUUUAAGGACUCAUAUUUUAAAUGUGACACUUGCAUUCUAGCCAAGAGUCAUAGAGCAUCCUAUCCUUUAAGUAUGAAUAAAAGUACUAUUCAUUUUGCUUUAA